CUUGCUACAACGUUAGCUAGCUAGCUAGCUAGCUAUCUGGGCAGCUAGGAAGCUGUUUAGCCUGUAAUAUGUUGUUAGAAGUUUUGCAAGGAACAGAAGCGGGAGGAUUCAUUUUGAUACAAGGUAAAUAUACUUGUUGGUGGUAAACUCGUCAUUGCUUUCAGAACCACUGACAUUAGCUAGCUAAGUAGCUUUUGUUUGCCUUUGCGUUACUUUGACAGAUUCUGUUAAUUACUCUGGUCGACACCUCCUGAAAAGCUGCAUCAAUACAGCACUUAAACGGUAAAUAACUCGCUUAUGGCAUGAGUAUUUUCACUGCUAGUUAGUAUUCAUAUAGUUUGUUGUGCACUAAUGUCAUACCAAUAUAUUGUGUUUCAGGGAAGAAGUGGUCCAUGUAUUGGGGUUCGAGGUUAGUGAAGAGGAACUCAAUGAUGGACUGGACAGAACAUCUGCACAGAGGUGACUAGAAACAAAUAAGAAACUAACUUUAGAUGGGAGUCAACAGUACUAGCAGAUUUCUUGAGAUCAAGUGUUAACUAACGCAUGUUUUCCCCGACUUUGAAUAUAGGCUGCACUUUCACAAUGCCUACUCCGACCCUCUCGGCUGGACCGGAAACUCACCAUUUACGGUCCACCAGUUUACCUUAGAGGACAUCAGCACUCUUCUCAAACAAACAUCUCAGGCCAAAGCAGUGACACUUGUCAUUGACUCUCUGUCAUGGAUUUUGAGGCAUCACGACCCUGCUGCUGUCUGCCAGAGACUUCAGGCUCUCAAGAAAGGUUUGUCAUGGCAUUUAUAAUCACUGUCUUUCUGAAUUGACCAGCUCCAUUUAAUUUCAACACUGCAGAAAGAGGUUAGCUAAGUUUCUCCAAUUGCAUCAAUAUUGAUGCCAUGUUGUACAUUGAUUUGUGAGGCUCCAGUUCAGUCUCUAUCUUCACUCGUCUUUAGGGGGAGUUGUGAAAGCAGUAGUUGGCCUGCUGCACUCAGACCUGCAUCAGCGAGGCACUGUGGGAAGCAUACGCCACUUGGCUACCUCAGUCAUCACCGUGGCCCCAGGGACCAGAGGACUGGGAGCUGUCGCCAAAACAACAAGACGCACCAAGUCGGGCAAGCUUAUGCAAGAUGUAAGAACAAUGGAGUGGAGCAUGGAGUGCUGCUGGUUUGAAUUGAAUAAUUUAACUGUCUUGGCCAUUUUCUGCUGAUUUUUAAGUGUGUGUCUGUUACUAGGAGGAGAUCUUCAGCAUCAAUGAGGACCUGACAGUUACAAUACAGAGCAAACUCAGUCAUCCUGGACACACACCGAUGAAUACAGACGAAUCUGAGGUAGCACACCUGUAUGAUUCCUGACAUGCACAAUGUGAGAAUGAUAAGGAAUAAGCCAAUGGUAUUGUAUGAUUCUCUUGUCCUUCCCCAGGCGGAUCCAACAGCCAACCUGACCUUUAACCUGCGCCUGUCUGAUACACAGAGAGAGGCCAAAGAAAAACUGCCGCUUCCCUUCGUCUUCAGUAAAGAGAAGUGAGAUUUUGUUUCUGCCUUUUUUUUCUUCUACCCAUGUUGUCUUGCUACUUUUCUGUCUUUCUACUGUGCUGCCUUGCUACUGUCUGAAGUGUUUAUCGAACUCCCCAUUUUUGUCUUCUUCCAGGAAGUCAGCACUUCUGCACCCGGGCCCCGGUUCAGGACGGAUCCUAUACGAGCCUGAUGCCAAUGAUGAUUAUGACCAGGAGGAUCCUGAUGAUGACCUUGAUGUCUAGAGGACAGGCUACAGGCCAUGAAGAGCACAGUGACCUGCUCCCUGGAGUUAAUGCCACUUUUGGACAUUUACAUGCCGGAAACCACAAUAAUAGCCUGGGUUCCUGCCUGAGAUAUUUAUUUUACUUUCUCAGAGGAGAUUUAAAUGAAAGUUAAACAAAAUACCAGGCUUACCGAAUGCCAGUUUAUGCAGUGGAGGAAGUUUAUUAGGGUGGAGUCUGUAAGUAGUGGAGAUAUAUUGGAAAUUCAGGAACAUUUCAGCAGAAGACUGAUUGACGCUGAGAUCAGAUGCCUACAGCCUAUGACAGGUCUCUGUUUAAAUCCAGCUUCAAAUAAAGGGUACUGUUUUCA